CGGUUAGAAGUCGCUUUUAGAAGCCUCUCUCUUUCUCUUUGCUAGCGUGUUACCGUCGCGGUUGAUCUCGAGUCGAUCUUUAAGAAGGUGUGGCGAUCAGACAGAGAGCGGAGGUAGGAGAAGAGCUUAGGAGAGAAAGGGCAGAAGAUCGAGAGAUGUCAGGGACCUUCGGAACACAAACGUGAGAGGCCGCCAUAAAAUCGGACAUAAAAGUCCCAUCAAAUCCCCCCCAUCAUCAUUCCCCCUUUCUCUCCCUUGUUUUACUUUUCUUUUUUUUUCGUUUACACUCGAUAUCUUCCAUAUCUCGUGGAAUUCGGCAUAUAUUCUAUAUGCUGAAAUAAUUUUCGAUACGUCCUCGUCGCGCAACAAGUAGGCGAGCUGAGCCGAGGGACCUCGGAGAAGGCCGAUUUCGUCUCGCGAGCCGAGGGACCCGCUGGUCCCCAUUCCAUUCCAUUCUGUUCCGUUCCCCUCGUUCAGAUCGACGAGCGUCGCUCGACAGAACGGAGCGGCCUUACGGCCUGUGCGUGGAAAAGUGGUUAGACUCCCGCAGCUGUCAGACGAGGCUGCGAGUUACAGGUGUGCAUAUCGUGUUCGUGCAGUCGUGUGUACAUGACGUGUGCGGGACAAGCGUGUUUCGUGCGAGAGACCCCUGACUUUGCGAAUUGUCUUCAGGAUAGCUACAAAACGCGAGACGAGGACCGCCGACAUAUAUACAGUGAACAUAGUGAGUGAUGGCCCUACGCCUGAGAGGUAGCAAGGAUGUCAAGAAGAGCUUCUAUUACGUCUGGUACCUUGGCGCGAGGGAGGCUAAGGGGGUGGACGCGAUGCCCGUUGCCAUAGCUUACCUGUUGGAGCGGGAACGACUUCAAGAACCUUUCAAGGUCACACUGCAGGUGAGCAACAAAGGUCUGAAGAUCAUACAAACGGUUCACCCGGGUGGCUCGACGAGAUCGGCGGUGAAACACUUGGUACCAGGUCACGCGGUUCUGGCAGCCGUGCAACGGGAGGACGUCGUAGCCGCGACUCUGCUUCUGCCAAAUCCCGCGACGAACAAUCCUGUGCACGUACACGCAUACAGAUGUGACUCAGUCGAAACCGCCGAAUUGUUGGGUGGCCAGUUGAAAGCGUUGGCGUCACACACCGACAAUUUGGCCAGGGUCACGGCGAGCGAAGGCAGAAUCCGCAGCAAUCUAGGCAGCGACGGUCGGAGUACCAGAGAGUCCGAGUCUUCUGAAGGCAGCGGUGAGCUCAGACACGAUCCGGUCCAAACCACGACCAUUUACGAGUCUCUGGCCGCCGAGUUGCGGGCGAAAUUAGGCAGAGGUAAUUCCGACGACAAUGACGUAGGCCCGAUAUUACUGCCGCCGCGCGACUAUGACACCGUGCACAGACACCGUGGCAACUUGGCCGGUAUCGAGUUUAGACGUUGCUUAAAUCAGACUAUCGUGGGUGGUAGCACGGCCAUUGACAGGGGUGGCACGAGGAGCGCAGCCAGCAGCGGCAUAGGAUCCGAUAGCGCGGCAACACCACCGCCUUAUCAGACGCAUCAUCCCCUCGGUCAGAGACCGUCCAGACCGUCCAGAGAUUCCUCUUCCGAUGACGAUUGGGGUGCACUAAACGAAGAGAAUGAUUAUCUGCCAGAAGAGGAAACAGCUGCAUCGAGUCUGACAUUGCCGCGAUUGCCGCGAAGCCCCGAAAGGGUAUCUAAUCAAGCAAAUAGAGGAGUUUCACCGAGCUGCAACAGAAAUCGACGAGCGGCGGAGUUUAGACAGCGAUCGCCGAGUCCUCAAUAUCAGCCGAGGGUCAAUCCCGGCGAGGUGACCAGUCCUAGAGAAAGGUUCCAAGAUGCCAAGGAAAUGUUUAGGGCUAUGGAGAGGGAGGCCAUCGCCAGACCUGUUUUCUCUAAACAGAGAGACAACGAUCAUCAUCCUGUGCACAGGGUCGAAUCGGCGAGACAAGUUCACGAGGAUCGAUCCAGUCGCCAAUAUCCGAUGAGCAUGCACUCCACGUCUUCACAUGAUCAUGUGAUGAGACGAAAUCAGCCGGACGCGCUGGAUCGUGAAAAUGGCGUGUCUUAUAAGGGAAGACCGCGACCCAGGACUCAUCAUUACGCGAUCGAACGUUCAUCCGAACCGGAAAUUUCGAGGCCACGACCGAGAAGCUUUUACGAGAAUCCAGCGAUUGGCAGAGAUUUCAGAGAUCAAAGGAAUCCCGUCGACCAGAGAGAGCAGGUGAGAGAAUUUCGAGAACGUAUGCAGCACUCACAAGAAUUGCGUGACAAAUUGCGAACGAGAAGCACGAAUCUCUAUCGGGAGAUAUCGGAGCACGAAAGAUACCCCGGACUCGACCGUGAAAGUGCCAGACCGGCGGAGAUGAUUCCGACACCUGGAAGAUAUCGUCACAGCUAUGCCGAACCGCCGAGACUCGGUCUGGCCGCGCUGCAUCCCUACUGAUGCAUUAAUUUUUGUUAAUUGAUGAAUUAUUUAAUUAUUCGAUACGUCGCGUUAUAUCAUACUGUUCGUGUACUGUGCCUUGAUCGUUCAGUGUGCUCGUGGUUAUAACAAUUUAUCCUGCCACAUAGAAUAAGCAAAGAGAAAGAAGGAUGCAAAAGAGAAAGAAGAUAUUUUCUAUUUUUCAUUUUUUUUAUAAGCAACCAAACAACAGGGAAAAUUUUCAAUUAAUAUUAAUAUUAAUAUUCAUAUCAUUCGUCAGUCGCUCAUAUAAUUAAAGACUGCAAAAAUGAAUAAUUUAAUGAUGUAAUUCGUUGUUGGUAAACUAAAUAUUACUGUUAAUAUUACGUACUUAAUAAACUUGAUAUAAUAAUUUUAAAUUAUAAAAUUAAUUGAAGACGUGCAUCUCUUUAUAACGAUUUGAUUAUGUCACUGAACAGUCAAUGCGAAUUCAAAAUUAUAUAUGUAUAUAUGUAACGAGAGUAAAAGAAGCUUGUAUAUGUAUCACAUUUUUUGAUGAAUUCAAUUAUGAUUUUGUGUAUCGUUGUUAUCGAGUACGAACAGAAGAUCUCGUUAACAAGAUGGUUUUAAUUAAUAGCGAAAUGCAACACAAUCCUGACAUACGUGCUAUCUUGUUAUACGUCAGAUGCCACACUAACAAUAUAAUAAUAAUCGUAACAACAUAAUGAUAUCGAUAAUAACAGUACCAAUAAUAAUUAUAAUAACAAUUUCUUGUAUUACUUAUUUCUUCCUUUGAUUGAUCGAAGUUAUCAAACAUUACAAGCACAUAAUUGUGAGAAAUAAAU